AUGAAGGGGACUACGAAGAACAAUGCUGGGAUAACCUGGAACAGUGCUAAACCUGCUCAGUCAAACAAUGUCCUGGACCUAGUUUGCAGACUGCCACCCGAUGUCGGUCCAUGCCGGGCUUUAGUUCCAAGAUGGGCUUUCGACGCAUCUCAGGGACGUUGUAUCGAAUUUUCCUACGGUGGUUGUCGAGGCAAUGACAACAACUUUCACUCUAAGGAGGAAUUCGACCCGAAUACUGGCCAAUUCGUCCAGUUUAUCUGUCGCCGAUGUAGUGGCGAUGAUAAUUUUGAGACUAUUGAGGCUUGUGAAGAACCCGCUAUUUCAACUACCGCGCUGACUGAUAUAAACAAAGCUCUGGAUCCUGCUUGCAAACUCCUUCAAGACAUCGGUCCUUGCAAAGCAUCAGUAACGCGUUGGUCCUUCGAUAUGUCCAAAGGAGAGUGUGUACAGUUUAAUUAUGGUGGCUGCAAAGGAAACGCCAAUAACUUUGAAUCGAAAGAGAUUUGUGAGGACAGAUGCGUAGCCAGUGUUUCACCUCCAAAAGCAGUACCUUCAGAUGCAAGUCUUAGCGAAAAUGACGACAAUAUUAGCCCAUCAUUUUGUAAUUUGCAACUCGAGCACGGUAAUUGUUAUGCCUUUAUUCGAAGAUGGGGUUUCGAUGGCGAAAGCGGAAAAUGCGUCGAAUUCGCCUAUGGUGGCUGCGGGGGAAAUGAAAAUAACUUCGAAUCGAAUGAGGCCUGUGAAAAGUACUGUAGUACCAAAAUAUCCAACUCUCAACCUGCUGAUGCAAUCGCUGCUCACAAUCCAAUCUGUGGGCUACCUAGAGAAGUUGGCCCAUGUCGGUCGAUGCUGAAGCGAUGGUACUUCGAUGUUGCUAGCGGAAAAUGCACUGAUUUCAUUUAUGGUGGAUGUCAAGGAAAUGACAAUAACUUUGAAACUGAAGACGAAUGCGAGAACGUCUGUAGUGCCUAUGAAGACGACCCUUCACUUGAAGACGACGAUGACGUCGACCUAACAGAUGCGUCUAUGUGCCACUUGCCACGUGAACGAGGUAACUGUGGAGCCUCUCUGCAGCGCUGGGGCUUCGAUGCAUUCGCUGGAAGAUGUGUCCAAUUCAUCUAUAGUGGGUGUGCAGGAAACGAUAACAACUUCGAGACACGAGACGUUUGUGAACAAAGAUGUCUGGCCAAUAUUCCACACAAUGCCCCAACUGAUGUGAAUGACUCUGCUCAUCCACACUGUAGGCUACCUAUGGAAGUUGGUCCUUGCAGAGGGAGGCUUCAACGAUGGUACUAUGACACUUCGAGUGCCCAAUGCCUAGAAUUCUACUAUGGUGGAUGCAGAGGCAAUGCAAACCAAUUCCAGUCUAAGGAGGCUUGUGAAGCCAAGUGCAAGGCCUCUUCAGCCUUUCCACAAUCUCCUCCAGUCUUCUUCUCGGAAGUGGUGUCCGGUGAUACCUCAAUUUGUUAUUUACCACACGAAAGUGGAAGCUGUGAAGCGGACAUGCGAAGAUGGGGAUUCCACGCCGAUUCAAGCAAAUGCAUCCAAUUUCACUACGGAGGCUGUGGUGGAAAUGCCAAUAACUUCAGAACCAAAACUGAGUGUGAACAGAGAUGUCUGGCAAACUAUCCAAUAGGCGAACCAGCAAAUGUUAAUGACGCAAUGGAUCCAGUAUGUGGACUCCCACAGGAGGUCGGUCCUUGUAGGGUAUAUAUGAAACGGUGGUCCUACGAUGCUUCGAUGGCACAGUGUGUUGAAUUCAAUUAUGGCGGCUGCCGAGGCAAUGCCAAUAACUUCAAAACAAAAGAAGCCUGUGAAACCAAGUGUGAUGUUGGUAAUUCAGCUGCAAUAGAUUGGUAA